AUGUGCAACCGGGUUUUAUCCACUGACCUAGAAAUUGGGGGGAAUUGGAUUCUUAUCCACAAUUCAAUCUUCUCCAAUUUCUUCUUCACUCCCAGAGAAGCGUUAAUGGCGGCUUCGUUCUCACUCACGAGCUUCAUCUCCUUCAUUUCUCCAUUCAAAUCCCAGCCGAAAGCCACUCCGCCUCCCAACAUCACUCUUCCCUCUCCGACGGUUUCCCACAGGCGGAGGAAUGAUCUCGCAAUCGAAUCAAUGGCGGUCGAUGAGCCUUCUUCUACCCCUUCGCUUUCCUCUGAGCUCUCCUCCGUGAUAUGCCCGUCGCUUGCGUACUCGAACACGCUCUUCUUCAGCUCAGGCUACAACGUGCAGGUGUUCGUCGAGGAUAACGAGUCAGAGGAGAGGCUCGUGAAUCGGUUUAGAAGGGAAGUGAUGAGAACUGGAGUUAUCCAGGAAUGCAAGCGAAGGAGAUACUUCGAGAACAAACAGGACGAGAAGAAGCGGAGGACUCGCGAUGCCGCUAAGCGUAAUAAGAAAAGGCGUCCUCAAGCAAGGUUUACUCAAGAAACAAGAGAAGAAGCAGCAGCAGCAACCAAGAGUAAGAAAAAGGAUGAAGAAGAAGACAACUGGGAGAUGCCUGGUGGAGAUGUACCUUCUUGA